AUUCAACAGAACUAUUCUUAUCGGCAAAACAAAAGCCAAACGAGUCGUACGGAAAGCUUUGACUCCAAUAAGUGUUUGGAUGAGAAGAUGGAGAAGAAUGAGAAUCGAGAGAACAAAGUGGUCGUCAAUAGCGCUACUAAUACGAGCCCUCCCUCUCUCCCCUCUCCUCCCUUCCCUCCAUCGCCGCCAUCAACGGUGACGACAACCCCCACGCGAUUGUCAGCGAUGACAAUAAGUGUGGGUCAGACGACUACCGGCGCCGCAAACAUUAGGAAACAAUUGAGUUCUUUUAGUUCCCAGAGCUGUGAAGACGAACAGUUGGGUCAGGACUGGACGCCUGAGAUUCCCUUCGAGAAUUUAAACGACUUGAGGUAUUCGGUAGAUGACGACCCCUUCGAAGUGACCCCAAAAGUAGUGGAAAAUAUCACAAAAAGUAGCCAAAAGUUAAGCGACAAGAGAGGCGUAACCCCUGACCCGGUGUCCAGUUAUAUGGAGCAGGAAGAGAGUGGUGGCACCGGAACGGGACCUUCAGAUGAGACGGUGAUCGGUGCGGCCAAACGGGUGCAGACAGUGAGCGAACAGGUGGACGAUAUGAUCGAUCAGUCCAUUGAGAUCGAGUCCAAUAAGAAGAUGUUUAAGGAAAACGUCCGAUGGUUUCCAUUAACCUUCACCUCUAAGGAAAUGGAGCUUAAAUUUCAUAACAUAAAAGAUUUUGUAUUUAAAUCAAACAUAUCGUCAGUGGUUGUCAUUUGGAUUUUUAUUGUCAUUAUACAACUUGUAAUUUUGCCC